AUGAGGCAGGGGGGAAACUUGGGAAGGCAGGAAGAUGGGACCUUUUGGAUUUUCCGCCGGUCUUCUUCCCACGCGAGUUGUCAUUCCAACCUCGAGUCCACCCGUCUACUGUACGCCAUCCACGCCGUCGAACCGCACCGUUGGAGGCGGCCAGCGGAAGAAAAGAAACAGACUUUGCAAGCCUACAAAGAAACUUCACCCCUCAACUCCACUUUCAACUGCCUCUUGUGGACCUGGCCGAUGCGCCGUCGACAAACGUCGAAACAACCGUCCAAUGACCGGAGCAACGCAAGGGUUAUCAACUCGACAACCUUGCUCCAUCGAACUCCGCUUCUCCUUAUGCUUGAAGAUCCUCCAGAUUCUUCCAGCAAGUUAUCCACCGUGUUCCUGGUGCCAUCUCCACCCUCUGAGAUCAUCACUGGAACACCGCCGGGCCCUUCACUUCUCGAGCACUGCUUCCAAUCCAGAGUCACUCCCGUCUCUGACAGACCCGGCUUUCUCCGGGUGGUUUCCUUCACCAUGGCGACCAUAUCUCGCCGUCAACUUCCGCCCGUCUUCUACGAGUGCUGUAUUCCUGGUCCGUCCAAGUCAUGA